CGAUUCCCACUCCAGAAGCGAAUCGCCAUUCCAUGCGAUAGACAUGAAUGAAAGCAAGUAUUCAAAAGUGAUUUUCAACGAAAUCAGCGAAUCCUAUCCGACGGACGCCGACAUCGAGUGUCGCUUCUAUAUCGGCGACUCUGUUAAGGCCUCGGAAGGCGAUCGCAUCGGUCUCUUCAAAGUCGGUUGGGUUUACGCCAGAGAGGGUCUCGUCUUCAAGAAUGUGUCCAAAUGUGAAACGGAUAACGAGUUCGGCGAGAAGAAGGUCCGCUUCGACGCCUCCCAACUGCCCAAAAGCGCCGACGAGUUCUUCCAGUUCUGCUAUUUGACGGCCGGCGACGACAUCUGCGGCGCGUCGACACCCUUUCGCUUCAUUCGACCGCACGCUGAAGACUUGAUCCAAUUGACCGACAAUCGUAACUCCGAUGAAGAGGACUUUGUUGUGGUUCGCUCACAACAGGCUUUACUUCAGGAACGACUGCAACAGUUGGUGAACGAGAAUGGAGUUCUCGAGUACUCGAAGCGAUCGCUGGAACAGCACAUGACAUCCAAGAGUAACGAAGUGUCGGAAUUGAGAAAAAUGUUGGUCGAACUCGAGGACCGCAACAAAUUGUCUCAAUUAGAGUCGACUAGAAUUAUGGCCAAACUGUCGUCCAGUGAGGCACAGAACUGCUCCCAUUCGGAGCGCAUCGAAGUGUUGGAGAGAGAGUUGUCGGAAAUGAGAAGAUCCAGAGACGAGUACGAGGCGCGACUCGCCUUCACUCAGUCGGAGCUGAACCAACUGCAGGAUGUGGUCAAUGGGUUUGAGGUGAAGGCCUUCAAGUGCGGAGAGAUGCUGAAGACUAGGGAUCAGGAGGUGUUUAAUCUCGUCAAAAAGACGGGCGAACAACAGGUGCUGAUCGAUGAGUUGAGUUCGACUCGAGCGAUGGUUGAGGCGAAACUAGAGCUGAGCAGUACAUCCAUCGCGAAAGUGAUGUCCGAGAGAAGAGACUUGGAAUCGGAGAACCGAAUGCUGAGGAGUGAGUUGGAGGACACGAGAGCCAAAUGCGAUUCACUGCAGAGCAAAACCGAUCUAAUGAUGGCCGAGAUCUUGGAUUUCGACAAAAUCAAACUCAAGACUAAAGUGCAGAUCCAGACCGCGAACGAAGAGAUGGUUGAGUUGAAGACCCGAUUGGAUGAGACGGAAGCCAACAAGAAGGCGACGUCCGGCCAAUGGAAACAAAAGGAGGAGUUGUUUGAGAAGCAAAUCGACGAAUUGAAGAGUCGUUUGGCGAAUGCGGCCGAAGAAUACCAGAAGAUAUAUAAAUACAACACUAAACUCGAGAACAGAGUCGACAAAAUCAAAGCCAAAGUGAAGAAAUAUUUCGAUACGAAGUCACAAACAAAAGCGGCGGUCGAUGUGUCGCUGACAGAGCGCCAGGAGUUGAUGGCCAAAGCGGAGACCGAAGUGAAGACUGUGAUCGUCGAUAUGGAUACGCCACUGGAAGAGCGUAUGUCCAUCAGAUCGCUGGAGACGCCUAUGGAGAGCGCCUGUGCUCUACCUCUGCCCACAACCACAAUAACACGCGUGAAGGCCAUCGACGGCGGCUGUAGUGGCGGUGGGCGAGAGAGUGGACAGCAUUAUUCAGUUGACACAUUUGCCGUGCAUUAUAUGUAACGAAGAGAUCACAUGCAUGUCGAAGGACUCGAAGCCAAUGAUACAGCACUUGGAGGAGAAACACUCGCAGCGCUUGUGUCCCGUCUGUUCGACACCUUUCGAUCUGUCACUGCCGGGCCAUACGAACUACUUCCAGAUGCAUGUGGACAACCAUUUUGACACAAAUAUGCCCCGACAGGAGACACGUCCGCCACAUAUGUAUCCGUAAGGCCUCUCUUCGUGCGGCUCUUUGUUUGGCGUAUUGUUUGGAUUUUAGUAUUACGACAAACUGUUGACACUUUCAAAGACACAAUUUAUUGACUUUUCAUAAUUUUCAAUGAAUAUUAUUAUUUGUUACGAAAAUAUUAAUUAUUUGAUUAGAUUUACGAUUAUUAUUAUAUUUAAUCACAAUAUCGCUCAUAAGACUUGUGUUUAAAACUUAUUUUUGAUGUUUUUUCUUAUGAUUUGUAAACCUUUUUUUCCUCGUUUUGUAAUUACUUAUAAAUCUUUGAUUUCAAUGAAUAAUAAGAUUAGAAUUUAAUUCAUAA